GUUGCAAACGCCCCUCUCACCCCCCACUCUCUACCCUACCCCCCCCCUUUCCUGGAAGCUGGAGCCCCGUCUGAACGUCGGAAGGCGGCUGCAGUUUCUGCAUCUUCCGUGUCUGGGGAGGGAUCUGGUGAGUCUGGCUCCGGGUGCAAAAAAAAAAAAAGGAGAGGCUGCAACGCCCAAAAAAGCUUCAGGCUUUGUAGAAAAGGAGGGGGGGGGAACAUGCAGCCUGGGGAGUAUUAUUUAUUAUUUUUAAUUUAUUAAAUUACUAUACCGCCCUUCAUCCAAAGAUCAUAGGGUGGUUCACAACAUAAACUAGUAAAGGACGCCCAGCCACCUUCCGUCUGUGCAGCAGAACCUGAUGUUGCUCCUCCUUUCACUGCACACAAGGUCCUUUCUCCUCCUUGUCUCCUAUUAUUGCUGUUUCAUAGAAUCUUAGACUUGGAAGGGACACCCAGGGGUCCUAUAGUCGGACCCCCUGCAAUGCAUCAGCUAAAGCAUCCAUGACAGGUGGCCAUCCAAGCUCUGCUUCAAAACCUCCAAGUAAGAAGAGGCCACCACCUCCCGAGGGAGACGAACAGCUCUUAUUUUAUUCAAUUUAUAUACCCCUCUUUAUCCAAAUAUCCCAGGGUGGUGUGCAACUUUAAGCAUAUAAUUUACACAGAAUAAUAAUAAUAGUAAUAGUAAUAGUAAUAAUAACAACAGCAACAAAUGGGGCUGGUGAUGGGAGUUCUUGGUCAAAGCAGCUGUCAGGUGCCAGGUUGAGAGCUGCCCUAAAGGCAGCCGUGGAUGGGUUGGGAGAGAUCUGCAUGGUGUGCAGAAAAGUGGGUAGAGAAAAGCCCCCCACCCUCCUCUAGAAGAAGGCCCUCCUUCCUGCAGUGCGUCGUUAACCUAUGGAACUCGCUGCCACAGGAGGCAGGGCCUGCCGCCAACCCUGAUGACCUUUCAGAGGGACAAAUUUAUGGAGGAGAAGGCUAUCAAUGGGUACUAGCUCUAAGGCAUGGGUAGGCAAACUAAGGCCCAGAGACUGGAUCCGGCCCAAUCGCCUUCUAAAUUUGGCCCAUGGACAGUCCAGGAAUCAGUGUGUUUUACAUGAGUAGAAUGUGUCCUUUUAUUUAAAAUGCAUCUCUGGGUUAUUUGUGGGGCAUAGGAAUUCAUUCAUUCCCCCACCUACAAAAAAAUAUAGUCCGGCCCCCCACAAGGUCUGAGAGACAGUGGGCCGGCCCCCUGCUGAAAAAGUUUGCUGACCCCUGCUCUAAGGGCUGUGAUUCCCCUCCAUGGUCCAAGGCAGUACAGUGGUACCUCAGGUUACAUACGCUUCAGGUUACAUACGCUUCAGGAUACAGACUCCGCUAACCCAGAAAUAGUGCUUCAGGUUAAGAACUUUGCUUCAGGAUGAGAACAGAAAUUGUGCUCCGGUGGCGCAGCAGCAACAGGAGGCCCCAUUAGCUAAAGUGGUGCUUCAGGUUAAGAACAGUUUCAGGUUAAGAACAGACCUCCGGACCAAAUUAAGUACUUAACCCGAGGUACCACUGUAAUGCUUCUGAAUACCAGCUGCUGGAAAUCAGGGCAGGGGAUAUUUUCUGUUGUGCUCGUGGGUUUGCCACAGACAUCUGCUUGGCCACUGUGAGAACAGGAUGGUGGUCCAGAUUACAAGUUUUUAAGAGCAUAAUCUGGAUGCUGCCGUGUUACAGAUUCCCGUCAUGAUCUCUUUAUGAAUAUUUCUGUGGUAUAUGGAAAUGGACCAUACGUUUAAAGAAGAUUGGAAAAUGUUUAUUAAAUAUAUGGGGGGAAACUCUGUAUGUUUGAAAACGUGGGCAGCAUUAAGAUCAAUUCAACAACGUAAGUUUUGAUGGAUGUAAUAAUGGAAUACCGAAUGGUUUGGUUUAUGUAAAAUAUGCAGGGAUUUAUGGUGUGCAAAAUGAAGCAUGGAAAGAGAAGAAGGGAAGUCAUUGAUAUUUUAAGGCUGUUUAAAUGAAUACUCUAAAUUAUAAAACUGUGUGUGUGUGUGUGUGUGUAUACAUACAUACUGAUAUAUGGAUCUGCGAUAAUUCCUACAGUCCAAGAAUGCCCCGAUAAAACAGGGUACAUUACAAGGAUUUCUUAACUGAGGGAAGGUAGGGAAAGCACAUUAGUUUAUUUGUUUUUGUUUUUUAAAAGAUUACUAUAUAGCCUUUCAACAAAAAUAGUCACAGGACAGUUUUUUUCUUUGUUUAUUAUUAUUAUAUUAAUACUUAAUUAUUAAUAUUAAUAAUUAUUAUAUUAAUAAUUAUAAACGGCCUCGGUCCUGUAUACCUGAAGGAGCGUCUCCACCCCCAUCUUUCAGCCCGGACACUGAGAUCCAGCACCGAGGGCCUUCUGGUGGUUCCCUCAUUGCGAGAAGUGAGGUUACAGGGAACCAGACAGAGGGCCUUCUUGGUAGUGGCACCCGCCCUGUGGAAUGCCCUCCCAUCAGAUGUGAAGGAAAUAAGCAGCUAUCUUAUCUUUAAAAGACAUCUGAAGGCAGCCCUGUUUAGGGAAGUUUUUAAUAUUUAACGCUGUAUUGUUUUUAACACUUGAUUGGGAGCCGCCCAGAGUGGCUGGGGAAACUCAGCCAGAUGGGCGGGGUAUAAAUAAUAAAUUAUUAUUCUUAUUACUACUACUACUACUACUACUACUACUACUACUACUACUACUUCUGUGUUUUACAUUGGAGGAGUCUGAGGUGAUGCACAUGGUUCUUCUCUCCAUUUUAUCCUUACAACAACCCUGUGAGGUAGGUUAGGCUGACAGGCAGUGACUGGACCGGGCCAUUCAGUGAGCUUCAUGGCUGAGUGAGAAUUUGAACCCAGGUCCCAGUCCAACAGUCUAACUGCUACUGUGUUGAGUCUAUUGUUUUACACAAAACACAUACACCCUAAUAUUAAAAAAUACAUAAUAAAUAGAAACAUUAUACAAUAAAUAGAAACAUUAAAACAAUUACCAUAGAUAGCAUAAUUAAAAAUGGCUUUAAAAUGAUUUAAUUCAUCAGCUGCUAAAAGCCCAGCAAAAAUGGUAAAUUUCCCCUGGUUUCUGAAAGAAUGCAAGGUUAUGGUGGUCGUUCCACAGAAUCCCAUUAAAAUCCCAGUCCCUUUUUGCAAGAUUUAAAAAGCAAAGAUGUAAAACUUUUAUGAUAGGGUUGCCGUAUUUCAAAAAGUUACCCUGAAUAAACGGACACAAAAGUUGUUGGCUUUUUUUGGCAAGUUGUUUUAAUGGAAAUCGCCAGAAACGACAUUGCUGACAUGGAUUGUCUGGGAAAUUCUGAAUGUAUGGCAACCAUAUUUUAUGAUAUCCUCCCAAUAUUUUAGUUGUUAUAGUUAUUUUGGGAGGUGCCCCAUGGAGGUUGCUGGCUAAAAUACCGGUAGAUAUGGAUAUUAUGCAUUAAAUCCUAUACUAUGUUAUAGUAAAUUUUGUUUUAAAAAUAUUCUUUUAUUGGAUUUUAUAGACAAGUUGAACACCCUUGACAAGACAAUAUUCACCUUCUCCUGAAACAGGAUAAGCAAUAAAAUAACAGCACAAAGCAAAAGAAAUAUAAAUAAUAUUGUGAGCACUUGUUUUCUGCCAGUAAAAAGUAAAAAACCAAAACCAAAAAACAAAGUCAGGUUGGGCCAAAACUAAAAAUGCAAAGCAUAGCAUCUGAGGUAGAAAUGAAAAGCAAAUUUAACCCAGAAAGUUAGACUAAUAUGUAUAAACCUUAUUUUCACAGGGGAACAGGCGUCAGGAUCAAAACCCAGUUCAAGCUGUGAUUCAAAAGUUUCUUCCUAUUGUACCCACCAUAACUAUUUAAAAGCAGCGGGAGUCAUUGCAAUAAAUAUUUAAAAUUACUUUUGGUUGUUUAUUAUAUAUUAAAUUUUAGCAUUGCAAGGUGUUCUGUAUAUCUGAGAAAUUAAUUUUAUUUUAAAGGAGACAGCACAGGAAAUGAUAGCACAUACAAAAUGCACCUCACGUUAUCCUGAAUAGCCAGUUCCGAUGCCUCUAGUUUUCCCGCUCAUGGAGCUACAAUUCCCAGCACUCUUAAUAAACUAAAGUUCCCAGGAUCCUUUGUGGGGAAACCAUGUGGUUUAAAUGAAUGAUGUUGAUCUGUUCAAACUGCAUGGGAGAACCUAGGUGAGGAGCAUAGCUGUCAACGUUUCCCUUUUUUAAAAGGGAAAUUCCCUUAUUCCAAAUAGGAUUCCUCGCAAGAAAAGGCAAAAGUUGACAGCUAUGGUGAGGAGAUUAAGCACAUAAGCAGAAAAAAAGAAGACCAGGCCAAAGGGAACCUUUCUAAGCCAGUAUCCUGGUUGCCAGCCAGAUGCCUGAAUGGGACGCCCGAAAUCGCAACACACUUCCUAUUUAUGAUUACCAACAAUUGGCAUUCUUAAGAACGUAAGGUAUACCUGGGGCUAAGCGGAGGGAGUCAUAGAAUUAUAGAAUUGCAGAGUUGAAAGGACCCUGAGACUCUAGAUCAAGGUUUCCCAAACUCGGGUCUCCUGCUGUUUUGGGACUACGCUUCCCAUCAUCCCUGAGUCCUGGUCCUGCUAUGCGGCCUAGGACCCACAUACCUAUGGGACUGCCUCUCCUGAUACGCCCUGCGGAGGACCUUAAGGUCCAGAAAUGACAACAUUUUCAUAGCUGUCAACUUUUCCCUUUUCUUGCGAGGAAUCCUAUUCGGAAUAAGGGAAUUUCCCUUUAAAAAAAGGGAAAUGUUGACAGCUAAGCAUUUUGGAGGUCCCAAGUCACAAGGUGGUUAGGUUGGUCUCAACUAGGGCCAGGGCCUUUUCAGUACUGGCCCCAACUUGGUGGAACGCUCUGUCACAAGAGACUAGGGCCCUACGGGACUUGACAUCUUUCCACAGGGCCUGCAAGACAGAGCUGUUCCGCCUGGCCUUCGGUUUGGGCUUGGUCUGACCCUUACGUUUCCCUCCCCUUAUGGUUUUGACUUUUAAAAUGAGGCUGCAUUUUAAAUUGCAUUUUAACCUGUGUUUUAAAUUGGUUUUUUCUUUUUCUUUUUUCUUACUAUGUUUUUACUGACAUUUUAUUGGUGUUAGCCGCCCUGAGCCCGGCUCUGGCUGGGGAGGGCGAGGUAUAAAUACAAUUAUUUAUUAUUAUUAUUAGUCCAAAAGCAGCUGGAGACCCAAGUUUGGGGAAACCCUGGUCUAGAUCAAAUGCAACAUUCAUAGCGGUUUCCAAAAAGCAAUUUUCCCUCACAAGAAACGGGAACUCAAAAUACAGUGGUACCUCGCAAGACGAAUGCCUCGCAAGACGAAAAACUCGCAAGACGAAAGAGUUUUUCGUUUUUCGAGUUGCUUCGCAAGACGAAUUUCCCUAUGGGCUUGCUUCGCAAGACGAAAAAGUUGCAAGUUUGUUUCCUUUUUCUUAAAACCGUUAAUACCCAGGGUGCAUUGCUUGAAGAGGUGCAGUUGCGACUUGACUUCGAGGAGCAACUCAUAGCACGCGGUGUUGUAGCCUUUUUUGAGGUUUUUGAAGACUUUGGUGAUUUUUGAAGCCAUGCUUCACAAGACGAAAAAUUCGCAAGACGAAAAAACUCGCAGAACGAAUUAAUUUCGUCUUGCGAGGCACCACUGUAAAAGCAGUGUGUGAAAAGAAUCCUGCCAUCUUCGUUUUUAGAACCUGCUGGAUCAAGCCAAUCUCGGCUCCUAAUCCAGAUUAGUCCAGCAGCCAGUUGAACCAACCAAGGGAGAAAGGUUGUUUUCUGCUGCUCCAGAGAAGCGGACAUGGAGCAAUGGAUCCAAACUACAAGAAAGAAGAUUCCACCUAAACAUUAGGAAGAACUUCCUGACAGUAGGAGCUGUUCGACAGUGGAAUUUGCUGCCAAGGAGUGUGGUGGAGUCUCCUUCUUUGGAGGUCUUUAAGCAGAGGCUUGACAACCAUAUGUCAGGAGUGCUCUGAUGGUGUUUCCUGCUUGGCAGGGGGUUGGACUCGAUGGCCCUUGUGGUCUCUUCCAACUGUAUGAUUCUAUGAUUCUAGGUCCCUAUGGGAAGUUCAGAAGCAGAACAUUUAUUAAGACUUCUUUUCUCGAAAGUGGGAUGGAUGGGGGAGGAGCUGGUGAUGAUGGCGCCCCACCUCCCAUAAUUGCUUGAUUAUCAGCCAUGCUGGCUGGGAAUUCGGUUUGGCCAAUGGGAGUCCCAACGGUAUUUGCAGGGUUGCAAAUUCCCCGUCUCUGCAUUAAAAGCACGGUUCUCUCACCUUUCUGUACUCAUUGUGCCAUGCGGGGUGGCCCACAGCUUUUAAAGACUACAAUUUCACACAGCAGUUUCACAAUUGGGGGGCUGGAGUAAUUCAUCUACAGUCGUACCUUGGGUUACAGACACUUCAGGUUGCAUUUUUUCGGGUUACGGACUGCCGAAACCCAGAAGUACCGGAAUGGGUUACUUCUGAGUUUUGGCGGUCACGCAUGCGCAGAAGCACUAAAUCACACUUUGCGCAUGUGCAGAAGUGCCAAAUUGCAACCCGUGCGUGCCCAGAUGUGCCACUGCAGGUUGUGAACGUGCAUCCUGCACGGAUCACAUUCGCAACCCGAGCGUCCACUGUAUGUGGAAAUAUUUUUUUGUGAGGGGGGGCGGCUACUUAAGAGUAGAAAAAUUGUGAAUAAAGGGGCCUGACGACAGAGAUGUGUCAAGUUAUCCAUGAUGAUGGAGAAAGCAGAUAGAAAGCUUUUCUGCCCCUUAACAUCGAAUGAUGGAACCAGGGGUAGGUCAGCGAAGCUGGAGAAAGUGGAUUGGGGGGGGGAGAGUUUGUCUCUCUCUCAUAACGCUGGAACUUGGGGACAUUCAGAGCUUUUCUCUUUUUUUCCAGGAGGAAUUCACCGGAACUCAGUUCUGGCAACCUCCCGGGUGGGUGCCAUUCUAAAAGAAAAAGGGAGGUGUUUAUGGUGGGUUCUGAGACCUCUUUUCCCAGAAAAAUAGCGCUGGGAGUGUGGCGAUCACACAGGGUCCCCGGACGUUUCACCGUCUAUUGAUCCCUGUGCCACCACUUGAUUUCUCGCUGCCACCACCCAGGCCCUACCUGGGACAAUACUGAGUCCAGUCAGGUUUAAAUUGGAACAUAAACUUCUGUUUAUUUAUUGCAGUUUAACAAGCGUGUGGUUUCAUAAACGGUAUCGAUCAAUUACAAUCAUAGGGUGCCUGUACAGACCUAUAACUUCCACUACCUGCUCUCACUCACUAAACCACCUCUCAGAUAUUUACUUGUCUGCCUAGCUCCUAACUGUUCCUGACUCAGCUUAUUUUGCUACACUAACUCAACCUACCCACAGACUCUAUCCCAAUUCACUCCCACUCCAACCAACCACCCAACUCCCAACAAACUCCUCUUUCCCCCCUCCCAGAGCUGGUUUUAUAGUCCCUCUGACUCCACCCCCCGGGUUCUGAUUGGGUAACUUGUUUAACUAAUUCACCUCCAGCACUCUCAUAUGUUAACAUCACAGGGACAUCCAACUGAAUGUUGGACGAUUCAGGACUGACAAAGGACUUCUUCACGCAGCAGAUAGCUAAACUGUGGGAUUCACUCCCCCAAGAGGCAGCGAUUGAAAUUGAAAUUGAAAUGCUUUAUCGUCACUUGUACAACUUGUAUACAGUGAGAUUACACAAGCACCCCCCCACUCAGCUCUCUUAGUCUUAAUUCCCCUCGUUUACUGACGCACACCCACCAAACCCGAAAGUCCGUUGCCCUGUUGUUCUCUUUUCAUUCAGCAGCCUAACAGGCCACGGAUAGAAGCUGUUCUUUAUCCUGUUGGUGUGACUAAUCAUGCUUCUAUAUCUUCUGCCUGAGGGCAGGAGAUUAAGAAAGUGCCAGCCAGGGUGUGAAUCAUCCCUGAGAAUUUUCCUCACUCUCCUGAGGCAACGUUCUUCCGCUGUUUCAUCCAGUGGAUUCACUGGACAGCCCAUAAUAUCUUGUGCUGUAUUCACCACCCUCUGUAGGCACUUCCUAAAAGUUGAUGUCAAACCAGCGUACCACACUCUGAUGCAGUAUGAAAGGACACUUUCUGUUGUUGACUGGUAGAAGGAGAUCAUCAAAUUUUGAUUGACAUCGUUCUUUUGCAAUAUUCUGAGGAGAUGGAGUCUCUGUUGGGCUUUCUUAAUCACCUGAGUUGUAUUUAUUUUCCAAGUAAGUUCUUCAUUGAGAUAAACUCCUAGGAAUUUAAAGGAAGAGACUCUCUCCACACAGCCCUCCCCGAUGUACAGUGGGGCUAGUUCUCCUCUCUUCCUCCGAAAGAUGGCCACCAACCUAAAGAUGGCUUUAGAAGACGAUUAGGCAGAUUCAUGGAGGAUAAGACUAUCUGGUGGCUACUAAAUCUUGAUGGCUAUGUUCUGCCUCCACAACCUGUUUCUCGAAAGUGCAGGAAAAGAGAGGGCUGUUGCGUUCAGCUCCUGCUUGCAGUCUUCCCUCUUGAGCACCUGGUUGGCUGCUUUAGAACAGGACGCUGGCCUGAUCCACUGGCCUGAUCCAGCAGGCUCUCAUCUCUUGGGAUCUUUCACUCUUUUCGGCUAUUUGCAUUAAUCUCUGGGGAUUUUUUUACUUGCUGCUCAGGCCCGACCUCAGUUCUGCUCCGGGAAAGCUGCAGCAAGUGCCGGCAUCCAUGCCACCAGGCGAAACUGCUGCCAGAAGCUUGCCAGGGCCACCAUGGGUUGACCUUUCCAGCUCUUAUGUCUUCAUUUCUCCUAUCCAGGUAGCUCCCUCUCAGCCUGUAAUGCCAGGUGCCUUCUCUACAGAGGGCCACCAGCCUGUUGGCUCUGUUUAAAGGAGUCUUGGUUGCUUAAACCAGCCAGUCCUGCGCUAAGACUCUUGGGAGAUCAUCCUUGGUCCCUCUUCAACUGUACCAUUUUCCUUUUAAAAAAUAAAUACAGUGGUACCUCUGGAUGCGAACGGGAUCUGUUCCAGAGCCCCAUUCGCAUCCUGAAGUGAAUGCAACCUGUGUCCGCGCAUCUGCGGGUCGCGAUUUGCCGCUUCCACGCAUGCACGUGAUGUCAUUUUGAGCGUCUGCACAUGCAUGAGCGGCAAAACCCGGAAGUAAUGCGCUCUGCUACUUCUGGGUUGCCGCAGAGCACAACCAAAAAAUACUCAUCCCGAAGCUACUUCAACCCAAGGUAUGACUGUAAAUAAAUUGAUUUGGUUUUUCAAAUUAAAGUUUUACAAUCACAUAUCCAACAUACAUCAUAACAACAAGAUUCCAAAGAAUCUCCUGGAUUUCCCUCCUCCCCUUUAUGGGUCCUGUCGUUAAUUCAUUUCCUCCUGCAUCUUUUAUAAUAAUCCAAAUCUCCAUUACAGUGGUACCUUGGUUUUCAAACAUCUUGGAAGUCGAAUGUUUCGGUUUUUGAACACCAAAAACCCAGAAGUGACUGCUUUGGUUUCCGAAUGCUUUUCGGAAGUUGAACGUGCCACGCGGUUUCCGUAUUGAGUUUUCUGCAAGUAAAUGCUUCCGGAAGUAAACACUUUGGUUUUCGAAUGUUUCAGAAGUCGGAACAGUCUUCUGGAACAGAUUACGUUCGAAAACGAAGGUACAACUCUAUAUCCAAAAUUCACCAUUAAACUACAAAUUUUAUUCCAAUCCUACUAACGAUUUUAACUGUUUACAAUGAUUUUUAAUAUAAAUUAUAAUUUCCCCCCAUUCCUUAUUAAAAUUUUGGUCUUCCUGUUUCUUUCAGUCAUUUUUGCCAUUUUGGCCUAAUCCAUCAACUUAAAUCUGCCAUUCUCUUCUGGUCAGGACUUUGUCUUCUUUCCAUCUCUUUCUGGUAUGUCAAAUUCAAGCCAGGGGCAAGCAACAGACACCAGGUGGAUGUUUUGAAGGCCAAAGUGACCUUACCCAACUGUUGCAAGCUUUAAAAAAAGAAUCUUGCUUUUUUAAGAUUUGACUUUUGUGGGGCAGAAAGAGGCAGAAAUAUCAGAAUCUCCAAUUAUUAUUAAAAAUAUAUAUCUUUGUUAAUUUUUACAUGAAAUUUCCAAAAAACAUACUACAUAUUUUCUUAUCUGAUUCAAUGUUUUAGACUUCCAUCAACCACAUCUGAAGAUUUUUCAGUCUUUAUCGCUUAAUCUGCAUUUCAUUACUUUCACUAUUACUUUUAAUAGUCCUUCACUAAUACUUCUCUUCAUACUUUUCUCUGCAAUAUUUCACAUAGUCCUCCUUACAAAACUUCUUGCAAUCCUACUAGCGUAAUCUGUUGAUUACAAUUGCUUUUCAAAUAGUUCACAUAUUUACUCCAGUCCUCUGAGACUCUCUCAUCCUGCAGGUUUUGAAUCCUUCCUGUCAUCUUGUCUAAUUCUGCAUAGUCCAUUAAUUUCAUCUGCCAUUCCUCUUUCGUCGGUAAUUCUUCUUGUUUCCAUUUCUGUGCCAAUAGUACUCUUGCUGCCGUUAUUUCAUAUAAAAAUAGUAUUAUUAUUAUUAUUAUUAUUAUUAUUAUUACAAGAUUUCUGACUUCAUCUCCUGGCUGGCAUAAAGAGGAAGAACUGUUUGUCUGGGAGUGUGACGAAGAGGAGAGUCUGUCAGGUAGCUCCUUAGAUGUGUGGGGAGACAGUCUGUUGUUUGGGAACUAUAGGGCUCCCUGUAGAAUUUCCUUCAUCCAGAACAAGGUGACUUGUGAAAGGAGCAAAGCACAAAGACACCUGUGUGUGAGAAUGGUGGAGUUUUGGUUCUCCAGAAAACCAAGGACCAGCCCCAAAGGUUUACACUAACUUGUGGCUCACUUAGUAAGAACGUGUUUUGUAGAUGUACGCUGUUGUAAAUCGUGGUGUAUAUGGGAACAUUGGUUUUCAUAACGUAGAAAGAAAGAAGGAACAAAGUGACAUUUGGGGCUUUGAAUUCUUUUCCCAAACUGCAAGCUCGGAGAUGAAAGCGAAAACCCCUGAUGGCCUUGCUUAUAUAUCAUGUUCAACAAUGGUUUAAUGUUUAAUGUUAAACAAUGGUUUAACAUUAAUGUGAGCACUGCUGGGUGCAAGUUGAUGAAAUUUGCAGGUGCUUUGCUUUUCCGUUGCUGUUAGUUUGCUGCCAGGAGCUAUAUCCUUAUGCCUUAGCGUUAUAUCCGAACCCUGGUUUUAUGUCUUGUUUGCCUCCAAACAAAUCACGAGUUUUCCCCGACUCCUUUUCCUGUGGAUCUUCCUAUCUUGCUGUAUCUAGGACUGAAGUUUUACGAUUCUCAUUCUUUCUUUUUUCUCUACCUGCUCCUGCAAAGAUGACAGGAACAUGGCAGAGAUCACGGCACAGCAUAUCCAAGAGGAAAGCCCCGGGUUCGAAGAAAUGUUCAUGGCUUCCACCGGACGAUCCCACGCAAGCCUGGCCCUCCAGAAUGCGGUCGAUGAAUGUGAGUUCCAUUCAAAAUUGGAUAGAGCUCCAUUCUAAAUUUGUUUCUUUGUUUUAAAGCGCAUCUAAACUGCUCUGUGUUUUAAAGAUCCCUAAAUGGCAUUCAAAAAUAUGAAAAAAACCAAUAAAACGGUAUCCUAAAAAACAGAAUACGAGUUUCGCACGCCAUAAUACACUAAUAAUAAUAUCUUGUUUUAAAUGUUUUAGUUGUUUCUGAGUUGUUGUUUUUUCAAAAUAAUUUUUAUUAGUUUUUAAUUACAAUAAUCCAAUAAUAGCCUCAUUAUAACAAUGCCAAAUUAUAAUACAGUUACUAAUACCAAUCAUUCAGAUGCCAAAUUAUAAAAUUUAGUCACCCCCCCCCGCAUGCUAGAAUUGAUGGUUUGAUGAUUUACUUUAUUUCUGCGUUCCAAAAUCUUAUUAAUUUCAACUACACUCCUGUCAAAAUAACAAUCCCUUAUAAAAUAACUGCAAUAUUAACGACUUCCGUUCGUAUUGACACAUUGUUCUUCCUGUUCUUCCUGUGUGUGGCAAUUAUUUUGCCCGUGAUGUUUCUUCCUCUCCUUGUAAAAUGUUUAGUCUAUCUUUUCCCGGUUGUUGCUGUUCUCCAUCCUGCCUUGGGCGGAGCUAACAUCCCACUGUUGUUUCAGAAGUUAUCCAUUGCUCCGCCCCUUGCUUCGUUGUUUUGCAACUUUAACAGCACCUGCAAAAAUCACAAUGUCCCAAUAAAUAUCCUGUUUUCGCCAUUUUUCCUCUCAGCCUGGGAAGGAGAGUGAUCUGUGGAACUUCAAAUAACUCAGUAAUCACUUUCUAAACAAGCAUCACAAAGUGAUUUACACAGUUAAAAACUCAUUACUCUUUCUGAGUUUUUAAUUGUGUAAAUCACUUUGAGAUGGUGGUUUAGAAGGUUAUUAAUAAAUCAAUGUUAAUAAUAACUAAAGUAAUAAUAAUAACUAAAGUAAUAAUAACUAAAGUAAUAAAGUAAUAAUAAAGUAAUAAACGCGGGUGGCACUGUGGGUUAAACCACAGAGCCUAGCACUUGAUGAUCAGAAGGUCAGCAGUCCGAAUCCCCGCAACGGGGUGAGCUCCCAUUGCUCGGUCCCUGCUCCUGCCAACCUAGCAGUUUGAAAGCACGUCAAAGUGCAAGUAGAUAAAUAGGUACUGCUCUGGCGGGAAGAUAAAUGGCGUUUCCGUGCACUGCUCUGGUUCACCAGAAGCGGCUUAGUCAUGCUGGCCACAUGACCCGGAAGCUGUACGCCGGCUCCCUCAGCCAAUAAAGCGAGAUGAGUGCCGCAACCCGAGUCGGCCACGACUGGACCUAAUGGUCAGGGUUCCCUUUAAUAAUAGCAACGGCAGGCCAAAUGUCUGAAGAAUGCCAAGGUCUGAAGUUGUUCACUAGGUAGGGGUUACUGUUGGUUUACCGGGAGAGGCAAGGUGGUAGAAAGUUUGGGGCAGCUGUUGUGUUCUGUAAUUGAUUUUUCUUCUUUUCCCUCACAUCACAUUUCUCUUUUAUUUCAGCAGGGCAUGUGUGGAAGAGAGAAAAUGAUGAGGAAGCCCAUCAGGCGUUGGAGGAAGGCAUUACAUUUCCAGCUAUGGUCGAGAACCUUGGGAAUCAAGAUGGGAUAAAGAUGCAGGCAGGAAACGAGGCAGAUCAGGAUUGGGGUGAAACUAUUGGUUGUCUGAACAGCGGCUUCUUUGAAAUCCCAGCCCAUCCAGGAAAACAUAAAGGAGGAAGAAGGAACGAGUGCCCGGCGUAUUCGGAAAGCUUUAACGAUGUACCAGGCCUUCAAAUGCAUUGGAAAACCCAGACAGGAGACAAACCGUAUAAAUGCCUGGACUGCGGAAAGAGCUUCAAGCGCAACUCAGAGCUUAUUCGACAUAAAAGAAUCCACACCGGAGAGAAACCUUUCAAAUGCCUGGAGUGCGGGAAAAGCUUCACUCAGAGCAGAAACCUUACUUCACAUCAGAGGAGUCACACAGGAGAGAAGCCUUAUAAAUGCCUGGAGUGCGGAAAGUGUUUCAGCCAGGCUGGAAUUCUUACUUCACAUCAGAGAAGCCACACUGGGGAGAAACCAUAUCAGUGCCUGGAGUGUGGAAAGUGCUUCAGUCAGAGUGGGAUCCUUACCGCACACCAGGGAAUGCACACAGGACAGAAACCAUUCAAGUGUCUGGAGUGUGGGAAAAGCUUUCGCCAGCAGAUCCACCUCACCUCCCACGAAAGAACGCACACCGGAGAGAAGCCCUUUAAAUGCCAGCAGUGCGGGAAAAGUUUCCGCCAGCAGAUCCACCUUACUUCCCACGAAAGAACGCACACUGGAGAGAAACCCUUCAAAUGCCGGGAGUGCGGGAAGAGCUUCAGCCAGAGCUCCCACCUUAUCCGACAUGAAAGAAUCCACACCGGAGAGAAGCCGUUUAACUGCCUGCUGUGCGGGAAGAGCUUUGGCCACAGCGCGGAACUCAUUCGACAUGAAAGGACUCACACAGGGGAAAAGCCCUUCAGGUGCCAGGUUUGCGGGAAGAGCUUCAGCCGGAGCUCGGAACUUAUCCGACACGAGAGAACCCACACGGGAGAGAAACCGUUCAAGUGCUUGGAGUGCGGGAAGGAAUUCAGUGACAGCACCAACCUCAUCAGGCACCAAGUUAGCCACACGGGAGAGAGACCGUAUAAGUGUCCGGUGUGCGGGAAAAGCUUCAGCCAGAGCAGGAGCCUGACUUCACAUCAGAGAACCCACACCGGGGAGAAGCCGUAUCAGUGCCUCGAGUGCGGGAAGUGCUUCAGCCAGAGCGGGAUCCUUACUGCGCACCAAGGGAUGCACACAGGGCAGAAGCCGUUCAAGUGUCCCGAGUGCGGGAAGAGGUUCCGCCAGCUCAUCCACCUCACCUCCCACAAGCGGAUCCACACGGGAGAGAAGCCCUUCAAAUGCCUGGAGUGCGGCCGGAGCUUCCGCCAGCACAUACACCUCACCUGCCACGAGAGGACGCACACCGGCGAGAAGCCCUUCAAGUGCAUGGAAUGCGGCAAAAGCUUCAGCCACAACUCCAUCCUCAUCUCUCACGUGAGAACCCACACGGGAGACAAACCCUUUAAAUGCCUGGAGUGCGGGAAGAGCUUCACUUGGAGCACGCUCCUUAUUAGACACGAGAGAACCCACACGGCGGAGAAGCCGUUCAAAUGCCAGCAGUGCGGGAAAAGCUUCCGCGAGAGCUCGCUGCUCAACAAACAUCAGAGAAGCCACACCGGGGAGAAGCCGUUCAAAUGCUUGGAGUGCGGAAAGAACUUCACUUCGAGCACGCUCCUUAUAAGACACCAGCGGGUUCACACAGAGAACCAUUUCAGUGCUUGGAGUUUUGAAAGAGCUUCGGCCAGCGCUCAGAACUUCCUAGACAUCAAAGAAUUCAAGGAGGAGAUGAUCCACUGCAACGAUGAAAACAGUGGAGCGGUUGUCAUGCAAUAAGCCUUGUUGGGCUCCAGGAAUUAUUCAUGUUGUGGGAAAUUUAUAUAUACUGCAGCUUCUGCAAGGGAUCAGUUCGCAGCUAAUCAGAAAUCAUGAAAAUGAUUGUAGCAAAGAAAGAGCUUCCGAAAUUGCAGUCUCCUCUUCAGUUGCAUAGAUUUUAAUGAGUUUUCGCCUGCACAAUCAUAAAAUCUGGCAAUUCUUCCAGGCACUACAGACGUCCUGAUUCCUUGAAGGCGUAGAGCAGAGGGAAGAAGGUCUCCUAAUCUUACGUUGUUGUUUUUUAAGCGUGUAUAUUUCCUAUUGUGCAAUCUAAGAAAUAGUACUUUCAUGUUAGGCCGCCACCAAGCAAACUUCUGUGAUGUAUGAACACUGCUAUGUUCCUCUGCUGCCUGUCAUUGUAUGGACAUCACUCUCCUAUCUCUGGUCCUUUGUCUUCCACAUGACUCUUUUUAAAAAUAUUGUUUUUGCUAGGUGGUUCUGUGCGUCAUUCGAGGAACUGGUCACCCUUCAGGUAUAAGAAUGUGUGACAGAAGAAGAGACUUAUUCACCUCUUGCGGGGGAAACGGCAGGUGGAUACAUCACUUUUAAGACUAAUAGUUUUACUGUCGGCUGAACUUUUGUCAGGAAAGACUGAGUUGUGAGGUGGACAUAGGUGGUGUUGCUUGUGCAGACCAAAUCCUAGUCAGCAUGUGUUUGGCUAGAUGUAUCUGUGUUUCUAUCAACAGAGAGAAAAAUACCCUUCAGGGAAUUUCUGUCAUGUGAAAAGAAUAAAAACUGUCUUGGUUAAUUUGUGUUCUGGAAGACCCCAUAAAUGGAGAGUGAAAAUCCUGAGGGGAAUUUCUGUCAUGUAUAGGGGGAAAUGUCUGGGAGAAUCUGGAUGUAUGGCAACAGUGCCGUUUUUUGCGAUCUUCCUUAAAAAUAGCACAAAAACUCUUUCAGCAAAAUUUUGGGCAAAACUCAAAAAGCUCAACAACUUUGGCAAAAAAAACAAAGCAAAAAACCAACCUCAACAACUUUUGUUUCCGGAUUUUCGCCUUUUGAAAUAUGGCAUCCCUAGUCACGUAACAAAAAGUAUGAAACUCUUGGUGGCUCUGUCUUAUGGAGAGGAAAAAUCCUGAGAGGAAUUUCUGUCACGUGACAAAAAAAGAAAGAAUAGAAGCCAUCUUAUGACUGUGCCCCGGAAGCCUCUAUCAGUGGAGAGGAAAAUCCUGAGGGGAAUUUCUAUCUCGUGAUAAACAGAAUAAAAACUGUCUUGGGGACUCUUUGUCAUAGAAGGCUGAGAGGAGAAGCUGGUCAGAAAGCAAGACAAAAACCUUAUUGACUUUCUCCAGCAAUAAGAGAACAGACCUAGGAAACAUCCACUCCACUCAGAUAAAACUUAAGUCUUUUGUCAUCUGGUGACCAAACUUUGUAGUGACCCUGUCAACACAAAAAAAAUAACUUUUUACACCUUCAUAACAGAGAAGGAGAUUUGACAAAUCCCUCUCCUUGUUCCCUACUUUAACAUAUUUUGGUGUCAGGCAGAUCUCUUUUUUAUUCUCCCCAAGCCUAUUAAUGUCAUUUGAUAUUAUUUUACCGUAAUGUAACAUAUUUUAUUUUAGUGUCUGGAGAUUGAUGGCAAUUUAGUUAUUGCUUUUUAGCUUUUGUAGGGGGGGGGUGCUGAGUCCUGGAGGGGUUGCGGGUGGCUCCCUUGUGCGUUUUUAUGCUGGGUUGGAUUUUAUUGUUGGAAUUGUUGUACCUGCUUGCAUUUAAAAUUUUGUUUUACACUAUUACUGUAUGUUGGCUUGAAAAAUAUCUGUUAUCGGGCAACUAAUAAGUGGGAAGAAUAAAUAAGU